AUGACGAAAGCAAGGCCGGCAGUACCCGUGAAAAGGAAGCGGAAAUUUCCCCCGCAGACCUUAGGCCUUGACGAAGCUGCAUAUUGUGACCCGUCGGGGCGGAGUUCCCGGCGGGUAUUGCCCCAACGUGCCUGUGCUCGGUUGUGUAUACUUCGACUUAAAGCCUGCGCCAGUGCAGCAGACGAGCAUUUGCACGCGCGACUGAAGAGGGACGAAAAUAUGUACAGACAACAACAGAAGGCUCGAUUGCUACCCAGGUCAAAGGAGGCGUGGGUUGUGGCGUAUCAGAAGGUCGUCACCUCCAUCACAUCUGGAGAAGGUGCACGCAUCGUUCUUCGGAAGCCUGAAAGCCGGCCGGCCAAGCCCAUCCGUCCCAAACCUGUGUCUGACAGCGUCAGGCGCCGUUCCAUACAUGAGUUCCUACCGGGCCAGUGGAGGCUACGAAUCGUUUUUGCUCCUCCCAGACAUUCUGGCGUGGAGGAAGCAAGCAGGGGCCAAGACUCGGCCAGUGUGAGACAUAAAACAAAGGGGGAAUCGGCGCAGCGUUCGACUGGGUCAGAUAAAGCGCCUCCGGGACAAAUGUUGAGUCGGGGCAACCAUUCCUCCAACCAGAAUACGCCGAAAGCGUUUCACCGCUGGUACUGGUGUCCGAGUUUUGCUGAGGCAGAUAUGCUUUUCUCCAGGGCACUGGAUUACUUAAGAGGGUACGUUGGGGUCGAGGGGUACCCGUGGCGAACAGAAGCUCAGGUCGCUCACCAGGUCAUUGCUGUGCUCCGCUACACAUACCGUUUUACUCUUACCUAUGAUCACCGACUUGAGCUAAUAUGUGAGCGACUCUCUUGGGAGACUCUCAAACGCGAAGCCGGCAGGAAUGCCCUUCCACCGCGAGUAGAGGCAGUAGCUAUCGGUGCACCUCCUAUGGACAUUUUAGUUGAAGCAGAGAAACAACGGGCGAGGUUGAAAGCCGCCUCUCGGACCAAACAUUUUCGCCGGCAACUCCGUCCAUGGUUAAAAGGUCCCUUACCUGUCAAUGGUGACUCCGAAUGUUCGGUGCAACCUCGAGCUGCCGUACAGGUUUCAUGUGGAGGGAAACGAGCUUCAGCUGAUGCGUUCCUUCCCAACGCCUGUCGUGCCAGACAAGCGAAUCCUGCAAACGACGAAGUCCCGAACGACCGAGGCCUCAUAGCAGGCAGGGUAGGGGACACCUAUGGGCACCAAGGCACUCCAUCGCCACGGCCAGCUCUCGCGAAGAACGUGAAACGUGAUGCGAGGAGUGGGUAUGUCAGCACCAGACUCGCAGUAAGUGGACAGCCGGUACAACAGAGGGAGUUCGAUGCGAACGCGAGAAAGAAAAGGCACUGCGGAGAGACCAUGGACAUGCAGAAAGCAGAAACGGCUGUAGGUGCACAUAGGCGACCCUCAAAGCACGCCUGUGGCCGAGAAAGCAUGGAGAGGGACAAGCAAGCAACAACCAGUUCCGCACACAGUGACACCGGGAAGAUGCAACGCCACGGGAGCGAAAGCAAGACAGUCGAUGGUGACCUAGUUGCCUUCCAUCACGGCUGUAAGAGUCAAGACAUCAAGGCCGAUACCGAGAUAACGCAGAAGAUUUCAGCGGAUGGACAUGAACACGCAGCUCCCGGGGAACCGGUCCAGAAUGGUAGCCUUCUGGAUUCACAAACACCUUCCUGGGUUCCGGUGACAGUGUUGGUCCCAGGAGCAGCUGUGUCUUCCGCAGCGCAGAAUUCGCCUUUUCAUUUUUCAGGAAUUCUCGUUCCGAUCGUCUUCAAGCACGGGCCUGUGGCUACUUGA